GCUUCUGAGUUACGUGGCUAUCUCAAAUCACUUGGGGCUGAGAUAUCAGAAGAGACAUCUGGUGUGGGGAUAUGGCAAGAUAUAUCUCAUGUUUUGGAAGCAGCAGAUGUGAUAUGGAAAAAUGUCAGUGACGAAUCUGAUAUUGAGAGUAUUUUCAACAGUAUACUGUCUCUGCUACUUUAUGUACCUGCGGAAAAACAAGAUGACUUAGUCAUCACUAUGUGUGAGAAGAUUAUCAAGGCCCAUGAAGGCAAUGAACAAGGAGCAUGUAGGAUUCAAAUACUAUCUAACUUGUUCUAUGGGUUGGAUGAAGCGAAUCCACUGCGAUACAACGUCUAUUGUAGUAUGCUUAGAUUAGGAGGACAGACAGACAAUUUGAACAUAGUUGUGACAGAUAUGGACACACUUGGUGAGUGGAUCGAUAAAUGGAAACUGAGCGUUGAGCAACACCAGAAUCUUUUACGUCUCUUGCACGAUGCAUUCCUAGAAACAAGACAAAGUGAAGAUGCCACCAAAGUAAUGGUAGAAUUACUCAGUACAUAUACAGAGGAUAACGCAUCACAGGCCAAAGCUGAUGCACAUAAAUGCAUUGUUACGUCUUUACGGGAUCCUAAAUGCUAUCUAAUGGACAAUUUACUCAUGCUGAAACCUGUUAAAUUCCUUGAAGGUGAACUUAUACACGAGCUCCUGUCUAUAUUUGUAUCUGGAAAACUGUCAACUUAUAUUAAUUUUUAUGACAACAAUACAGAUUUUAUUGAAUCCAUGGGUCUUUCGCAUGAAGCAAAUCUGCACAAAAUGAGGAUUUUAACAUUUAUGGGUAUGGCGACUGAAAAGAAAGAAGUCACGUUUGACACAAUUGAACAAGAACUGCGUCUACCAGCAGAGGAAGUGGAAGGGUUUGUGAUAGAUGCUGUAAGAACUAAAAUGAUACAAACCAAAAUUGACCAGAUGCAGAAAAAAGUUGUAAUACGUUCUGCAACACAUCGGACAUUUGGUCGAGCACAAUGGCAACAGUUGAGAGAUCGUCUGGAGGCAUGGAGGUUUAACUUAUGUCAAGUCAGAGAAAGUCUUGAUUCUAUCACUCCAACCCCUUAAGUCAUCAUCGCACUAACAAUGAAAUAGAUGUCAGUCUGCCCUUGAAAAGAAAGUUAUUCUAGAAGAGGAAUGUCAACACUAACUAUGAUCAUUAUCUAUGUUUGUCCCUUUUCACUGCCAUGGUCAAGUUUUGCUACAAAGUACUUUAAAUGAUAGCUGGGUUUUAAUGUUACUCUGUAAAUGCCAAUAAUUUUAAAAUCAAGAGAAUACUUAAAAUUCUGUUGAUGGCAAUGCCUACUUCAUUUUGAUGCUUGAAAAUUGUAGUAAUUAACAACAAAUGUACCUCAAUAGACUUUAAUAAAAAAUGGCCGCCAAAAUCAUGAGAGCCACACGACUUAUGUCCAGCAAAUAGUAUUCCAUUCUUGUCCCAUCAACUGUCCAAAUACAGUGGUUUUGUAUAGAGCAGCAGAUGCUAGAGCAAUGCAGAAAGGAACACUACCUAACCAGCAAGAGCAAGUCUCUUGCUCUCAACGUGAUUUUGGCGGCCAUUUUUUCCUAAGGUCUGUUCUGUUCCUUUCCACCUGUGCAGGGACUGUUGUGGCUAUGAAAGGGUUCAAUGUGGGGUGAUCUCUUGGAUAUAAAAUUUGUCAUGUAUAUAAUAUUCAUCUGUAACUGUACUUGAUAUGACAAGAUUAUUAAAAAUCAAUGAAUCUAGACAGUAAACAAA